UCUGUUUCAGCACUAAUCAUCUUCCUUGAAAUGAAAUUUGAGUGAUUCAGAAUUUAACGUCAACUAAACCGUUUGAAAAGGAAGUCGCAUGGCAUGUGCAUGUAUGAAGUGGUGCAUGAAAUGAACUCAAGCUGAUGAGUUUUGGAAGUUGCUGUAGUACAGGACUGAUGGGGAUCUAUGUGUCUACUUCAGCUGCAUCAUGGCUGUGUUUUGUAGUGCUUCUCCAUCUUAUGAUACACACUGCGAAGGGGAGUUCAACAACCACAACAACAACAGCAGCGCCAGCCUCAUCAUCGACAGAGAAAGAGGAGCCCAAAUCAUCAACGACAACUAGCUCCCCCACCUUGUCAACAACUUCUUCUUCAGGUUCUGCAACUACGGAGGCUCCUGCACUUGGUGUUGACUGUGCUAAUAAGAAUGAAAGCUGGUGUAGCACUGCGAUAUCUGGAGCUGUGGAGUGUAAAGAUGACACUUGUCAAUGCCAGUCAGGUUAUUUUCAGUCAAAUGCUACCACUUGUACAUCAGUGUUGGAGUUAGUGCCAGUAGAUAUGAACAUCUCUGAUGUCACAGUAACAAGUUUCAAUGUAUCAUGGUUACACAAUGACAGCGUUAAAGAUCUGGACCUAACCCAUAGUGUUAUUGCCAAAUCAACAGAAUCUGGUGUUGAAAAUGAAGUUAUGUGUAAUGUAACAAGCAGUACUACAGCUUCUUGUUCAGAACUUCUACCAGGCAAUAACUAUAAAGUUACCAUUACAGCAACAUACAACUCAACAGUGUCUGGAAUUGCUGAAUUGGAAGAAAGUACAUAUCCUGAUAUGCCAGGAGCAUUAAAUGACACUUUGUCAAAUUUCACUGCCCCUGAUGUCACUUUGGUAUGGACUGGUUCAUCAGGAAAGGUAGACAAUUACUUGGUGAAGGUGACACAGUCAGAUGGCUCAGUGCAGAAUGAAAACACACCAGAUAACAGAACAAUGAUUGUUAUAAGGUCAUUGGAGGCUGGGAAAGUAUAUGAUGUCACUAUCAUAGCUUCCAGUCACAGCAAAGCAAGUCUAGAAAGAAUAGCUACAUUUACAACUGUCUCUGAUGUACCAGGUCCGCCUACAAAUGUGACUGUGGAAGAAGUUACUAAUAAUUCCAUCAAAAUUUCCUGGAGAGAAACAGACAAACCUAACGGGGUUAUACGGGCACAUCGAGUUUGUGUAAAAUACAGAUUUUACAUUGAUGAUUCAUAUAAUAAUUAUACUUGUGAAGAUACCAGUGCCAAUGCUUCAGAAUACAAGAUUAGCUCUCUAACGGCAGAAAGAAAAGGAAUCACCCUUAAUAAUAUGAGGAUUUUUUCUGAUUUUAUAGGAACAUUUUACUGGUUUGACGUGUCCACGGUAAAUGAUGUGUCUAUCAGCAGCAAUGCUAGUGUCAAUCAACGAACAAAUGAAUCAGUUCCUGCAAAGGUUAGUGACUUGGAUGCCAAAAGUUAUGAUUCAUCAGUAAUGGUUACCUGGAACAGACCGUCACAACCCAAUGGUAACAUCACAACAUACAGAGUUUAUUGGAUGGAUAUAGCAGGCCAGGGAAAUUGUACUGUGUACUUGACAAGUCCUAAAAGCAGUGAAAUGAACAAUUCAUGUGAUCACAACAUAACAGAACCUUCGAAUAUCACAGUCAAUCAGAAGAAUCUAAACUAUACAAUAAUUAACCUGGAACCACAUACAGAGUAUGUUAUAAGAGUCCAGGCAUAUACAGCUGUUGGUGCGGGUGCCAUAACAAGUAUAAAUCAACGAACAAGCAUAGCAGUCCCGGAGCCUGUGACAAAUGUUGUUGCUGAGACACUGAAUGCUACGGCUGUCAAUGUAACUUGGGUUAUACCUUCUGUAAAUCCUGGUCCGGUAAACUAUACAGUAACCACAAACAACGCGGUGGACAACACAGCCUCUAGUCAAUCUUGCUCAGUUGAAGAUUACUUAAUGUCAAGUUGUGAAGUGUCUGGCCUAGAGGAAUACUGGAUGUACAACUUUAAUGUUGUUGCCUCAACAGAAGCAGGAACCAGUAGUCCUGCUGUAUCAAACAAUGUCACUACUGAUGAGGCAGAACCAGGUCCUGUCUUGAAUGUUAGCUAUGUGUUAUAUAAUACGAAAACUGGAUGUGAUGCCACCAAGGCUAACGUUAGUUGGAGGGAGCCAGGACUUUAUGACAGAAACUCACUCAUCAUUAGUUAUGUGUUAUGGUCUGUACAGUCUCCACAAAAAGAACAUGUGGUAUCUAAGCCGGAUCGAUACAGUGAAGAUAAUAGACUAUUUGAGGAAGACAUUAUGGAUUUAAAACCGCAGUUCGAUUAUACAUGGGAGAUAUCAGCACGAACCAGUGGUGAGAAAACAGGACAGAGUUCUUCACUCUCUUUCACUACUGGUGUAUGUGCACCACCAGACUGGACUGACUCUAACUUAGAGUCAGUGAAAGAAAAACGCUCUACAACAACCACUCUAACCAUCGUGUUACCAAGUUCAUUCUUUAAGAAAACUCAGCAAGGAGAAAUACAGGAGAAGGGUCUUAUCGUCUUACCUAGGGAAAGUCAACACUUUGAAAACACACAGGCCAUAAAAUAUGAAAAAAUUAGCGGUUGGAAAAAUGCCAAGGCUUCCAAGUUCAAGGAGGACUACAAAAUCAACAUCGCAAGGGCUGUUGAGGAGGAGUUUACAAUUGGUAAAGAAACAGUAUGCAGUGGCUUUUGUAAUGGUCCACUGCCGGAACAGUUCUCCUUCAAAGUAGCGGCAUAUGCUUGCACAAAGCGGACAGGGACUCUGCUGUGUACUAUCUCCAGUCCUUUAGGACCUUUUGCCACACAAGCUACACCACCACCACCACCAAGAGGAUCAUCCCAGACUACAACGAUUAUUAUACUGUCUAUUAUCCUGUUCCUGUCUAUAUGUGUUGCAUGUUUUAUCUUCCUUUGGUAUAAGGAAGUCAUUGAUCCGUAAGCAAGCACUACUUUUUAUUGUAAUCC